AUGCAGUUAGGUGAAAUUACAAAGGCAGAUGGCUGGAACACUGUCCAGAGCGCUGUUAGAAGGGUGUUCUUCAGAAAGGACGUCUACUGCUUCUUUGCCAUCAACCAUUUGGAUCCUGUCUCGCUCGGACUCAAUCCAGAGCAAAAUGCACCUGCAAUUUCAUCCACUACCAAAAAGCCAGCACCAAAUGAAAUUAAGGAGGCCUGGAAAUCAUUCAUGGAGAAAGUUGCCAUGAACAAGGACCUCCCAUUCUACGCAGUCUAUGAUUUCGGCUACUACGUCAAUGAAGACACAUUCAGGUCCUCAAUCAUACUGAUUUCGUACAUACCUGAUGGGUGCAAGAAUCUUGUUAAAAUGGUUUACAGCACAAAUGUACAGGCAAUCAAGGACACCCUUGAAAUACCAUUUUUGCUUGAAGUCCAGAAUGAAGACGAGAUCACUUACGACGGGAUACAGGAUCUUGUUUCAAGAAUCCAGAUCGCAUAUUAA